CGAGAAAAGGUCGAGUUGUCAGAUGUGGAUGAAAGACGCCAUGUUGCUCUCUGCGCUCUCUGCUCCAGCAAUAAAUGUUUGGCGGGGUUCAGUCCCCGCCAAGCUUUCUGCCCUGUCAAGCCUGGGAAGACAGCUUUGGCCAAUCAGAAGGCAGCCGGAUAGUUCCGUGCGGUGUUUCCGGCUUCCAUUCAGUGGUCAGUCAGUUUUGCUUGCUCAAUCGCAUCGAAACACCCGGCCUUGACCAGCUUCGCGCUCUCGCAUCCACCUUCCCGACGUCAACCCCGGAACCCGAGUCUUUCAAUUGACCCAGGUAGUCACCUCGAGAACCGACAAAAUGUCUGCCAUUUACAAGCAAGUCCUGCCCUACCUCGCCAUCUUCCGCAACAACGCCACCAUGCUUGGUGCCGUCUUUGCCGGUGCCUUUGCGUUCAACAUGGGCUACGACACUGUCAUGAACAAGGUCUGGGACCACCACAACCGGGGGCGCCAAUGGAAGGACAUCCGCCACAAGUACGUCGAGUCCGAGGAUGACGAGUAA